AGCCAUAUUUGUAUAUCUUAGCUUCUCAAUCAUAUUCUAUUUUUCCUCUUACAAAAAAAAUUUGAAGUUAUUAUUAACAAGGUACCAUGGCAGCCACAACAAAGAGCGUAGUUGAUGUAGAUUAUCUGAAGCAAAUUGAGGGUGCUCGUAAAGAUCUUCUUGAUCUUCUUCAGAAGAACAAGAAUUUUUCUCCCAUUGUGCUUCGUUUAGCAUUUCAUGAUGCAGGAACUUAUGACGCAAAAACAAAGACAGGAGGUCCAAAUGGUUCGAUUAGACGUGAGUUGAGCAACCCUCCUAACAACGGUAUCAAAGUUGCUGUUGAUUUUUGCGAGCAAGUGAAAGCUAAAUACCCCAAGGUUACUUAUGCUGACUUUUAUCAGCUUGCUGGUGUGCUUGCGGUUGAAGUAACCGGAGGUCCUAAAAUCCCAUUUAUUCCCGGUCGUCCUGAUUCUAGGGAUCAACAAGACAGUGGUGCUCUUCCAAAUCCCAAUGGAGAUGCCAAACAUCUAAGAGACAUAUUUUACCGUAUGGGUUUGAACGAUAGAGAUAUUGUGGUCUUAUCGGGUGCUCACACACUGGGUCGAGCAAACAAUGAUAGAUCUGGCUUUGACGGUCCUUUCACAGAGGACCCUUUCAAAUUCGACAAUUCCUAUUAUGUAAACUUGAGGAAGGAAGACAAACCUGGACUGGUGAAAUUUCCCACUGACAAAGUUCUCGUCGAGGACCCUGCUUUUAGCAAAUAUGUUCAACUGUAUGCCAAGGAUGAACAAGCUUUCUUCGCACACUAUGCUGAAUCACACAAGAAGAUGUCCGAGCUCGGGUUCCACCCACCCAGCACUGGUGUUAAAGCUUGAAGUCAUUGCAUAUUCAUGCAUGAUUACCUAAUAAUAAGCUAGACUGAUAUCAGUGAUCUGAUAUGUAUUAUGGAUCGAUGUUCCUAUAUGUAGUACUAUGGUUUAUUGUAUGUAUCCUUAAUUACUUGUGUUAGUUGAUGUUGUAUUUGAGAUUUCAAGUUUGAAUAAUUCCUUUAUGUUUUACUAGAAUUCUGUACUACUACUACUAUUUUAUACUACGUAUAAAUGGUAGCAUGUACUAGGAUGUAUUACUAUUAUUGAAUGCUAAUCAUAACUUCUACUCCGUAAUAAAGUAAA